AUGAGCGAAAUAGAAUACGAAAACUUUAUUGACGAAUUACGAGCUGCAAGGAAGUGGGAUGAUGUAAAAAGACAUCAGAGGCAAUAUAUGAAAAAUGUGAAACAGGGAAAGACAUUCAAAUCAAAGUUUCGGACGAAGGAAGAUCAAAUUGCCUAUGCAGAAACAGUAAAAGCAGACCAUUCGAUUAGCAAGCGCGGACGUGACCAUAGUGCUUGGAAACAUAUUCAAGCUGCUCUCAAUGCAAGCCCAACCUAUCCGGAAGCGAUUGCGUUGGCUACACUUAUUCAGCUGAAUCGUGGGCGAUUCCCCAAAACAGCAAACACAUUUAUCGAAAUAAGAGACAACAUCACUGCCAAUGUAAAGAAGAACAUCAGUAAACUAAUGAAUCAAUCGCAGGAUGUCGAGGAAGACGAAAACGACUCAGACGAUGACAAUACGAAUCCCGAAGCUUACUCUGUACAGAAUGAUGGGUGGCACAUCGUUGAGAAACUGAGAAUGGAGACCGUGCAGAACCAUCUCGUCAAUCUUUCUCCAUAUCAAGUCGUAAUCAUUUCGGUGGCUUUGGCUCUUGGUUGUGAUGCUCUGCAGCACAAUCCAGCAGAGAAUUCUCACGCCGAGUCGGAGCGAUUGCUUCUUCUUCUAUGGGACGUUUUGCAAUACAGCAAACAAUCAAAUUCACCGUUUUCUGUGCUGCAAACGAUUCCAAAGUUCGACACAGGAAUCGUUUUCACUGUGCUGAUGGAACUGCCGCAGUAUUUCAUUCUCCAUGCCCCGCUUUCCGUGGCUAUCGACACCUAUCGCAUCUUUCUAAUCACCGCAGGCCCAUUCCCACAAAACCCGUUCCCUAUUGCGUGCUAUAUCACUCUGCUGCAGCGAUUUGCUUCUCUUUUGAUUUACGUGGUUCAUCCUUCUGUGUACUAUUCCAUUUACACACCGCACGAUCUUGAUUCCAUUCAGAUCCCACAGACAGCCCUCGAAGAAGCCAUUUUGCUGCUUCGAAUCUUGCAGGAACACAUCGACGAGAUUAGCAGCAUUCGGAUUAAACUGGAUAUUUGUAAAUUGGCCUUCGAAGCCUAUACUGCAGCAGGCCUUUUCAGAGAAUGUGUAACCUAUUUGGAGAAAAUGGUGCAGCUGCUGGGACACAGCGCCUUCUUGUGGUAUUUGAUCGCCACUGCGCACUACCGAAGCGAAAAAUACGUGUUGUGUUUGCAAGCGUUAGAAAACUGUGUGACCGACAUCGAUCAAUACGGCGAAAGCGAGGAAAACACAAAGUUUAUGGACCGAUCGAUACCGUUAUUGUUCUCCGCUCGGGUCUGUCUGGCACAUUUGAAUCGUGUGGAUGAUUGCAUGCACUUUGCGGCGCUCGUUCUGAAAGAUUGCAAGAAGGAAGCAAUCGUUUCGCAAGCUAUGGAGCUUACCGGCGUUUCCUAUCUCUUCCAAGCCCGCUCCAUUCCUUUCUUCAGCAAACGGUCGGAGUAUUUGAACACGGGACUGCGUUACUUGCAAUGGAUUCGCAACCCAAAUCCUUAUGUGAGAUACAAUAUCGCGUUGAUUCUGGCAGAACAAGGAGACUUCGAGAAAGCCAUGGAGCAACUGCUCCAGAUAGAGGAACAAAACCCAUAUUUCGCGGAAGCAUGGCCACUUCGAUUGAUCUUGACGUAUCAAUUGCAAGGGGACUGA